AGCUAUAUUCAAGCUUCUUUUCUUUCUUAUUGACAUUGUGACAAUAAGAAUAAUAACCUUGAAGUCUCGCUAUAUCAACUCUUGACGGGGAUAGGGUAUAGUCAUUCAGAGAAACAAAAUGGAUACUGAGAAAAGAAGCGUGAAGCCGGCCAGUGGCCCGGAGUCUCAAUUCAAACCUGGGCACAAGGUCCCGGUUCAUCAUCAGAAACAUCCUGGACUGCAGUCCGAUAUGGAUGAUCCCAAGCCCGUAUCGACACACAUACCCACCGAAGAUGGAGGCUAUCAGCUCUACAAAGCCGCCGGGAAGCUCCAGGGUAAGAGAGCUAUCAUUACUGGCGGUGACUCUGGAAUUGGACGCGCUAUUGCGUUACUCUUUGCUAUGGAAGGAGCUUCAAGCCUGAUCGUUUACCUACCGGAAGAGCAGUCAGAUGCAGAGGAGACGAAGAAGAGAGUGGAAGAGAAGGGACAAAAAUGCUACUUGCUUCCGCUAGAUCUUCGCAAGAGGGAAAACUGCAAGAAGGUGAUUGAUACGGCCUUGCAGACUUUGGGUGGCAUUGAUACUCUGGUCAAUAAUGCCGCUUACCAAAAUAUGCUACCGGAUAUCAGCGAUCUAUCUGAGGAGCAAUGGAUACGUACCUUCGAUACGAAUAUCCAUCCUUUCUUCUAUCUGGCGAAGUACGCACUGCCUCAUCUGAAGCCCGGUUCGACGAUCAUCAAUUGCGCUUCAGUGAACCCGUAUAUCGGCCGUGGUGAUCUUCUCGAUUACACGUCCACCAAAGGAGCGAUCGUGGCAUUCACCCGAGCUCUAUCCAAUCAACAGAUUAGCAAAGGCAUCCGCGUAAACUGCGUGUGCCCCGGUCCCAUUUGGACUCCCCUUAUUCCAGCGACAAUGACUACUGAGGCUAUGGAACAAUUCCACGCUGUACCCAUGGGCCGGCCGGGACAACCAAGCGAAGUAGCGACAUGUUUCGUGUUUCUCGCGUCCCAGGACAGUAGUUAUAUCUCAGGACAAUGCUUGCAUCCCAAUGGAGGUGUGAUGGUCAAUGGCUAGAAAUCGUUAAGAGUAGACAGAAUUUGGAAAGAGAUGUGGAUAUCCUCAUCGUUCAUAAAUAAUAUAUCGAGUGAU